UUCCUUGGUAACAACGUUAUCGUUGGUAUUACCGCACGUUAAUGAUAUAUUUAUCAACAUGGACGUUCAGAAACUAACGUUAAGUGUCCAAGACGGUGGAGAUGAAGAUAACAUCGUGGCAAUGGUUGACAUGGGAGAAGAACACUUUGCUAUCUCCAGUUCCUCAGCUGCAGACGCAGCUUUUGAUGGCACUGUUGGCUGCAUAGAGGACAUCAUCAUGGAGGAGGAGUUCCAGCAGCUCCAGCAGAGCUUCAUGGAGAAACACUACCUGGAGUUUGAGGACUCUGACGAGAACAAGCUCACGUACACGCCCAUCUUCAAUGAAUACGUUGAGCUGCUGGAGAAACAUCUGGAGCAGCAGCUGAUGGAGAGGAUCUCCGCCUUCAACAUGAAUACUUUCAUAAAGCGGCUCAUGCAACACAAAGAGGAGGUGCCAGGUGACAUCUUUGACAUGCUGCUCACAUUCACUGACUUCAUGGCUUUUAAGGAGAUGUUUCUGGAAUACAGAGCUGAGAAGGAGGGCCGGGGUCUGGACCUAAGUCAAGGACUGGUGGUCACAUCUCUGAUCCCUGCUGGGUCCAAACACACCGGCACCGCCACUGAAUCGCAGUUCACAAACAUUUGAAUUGCCGCCUCUUUAUGUUUAUGUAACAUUUUGUUAACGAGCCUUCAGAAAGUCACGGUUAGCUUGUGUCACUUUAUUUUGGGAGUUGUUGUGUUCUCACGCUGAGCUGCUUGAUGCAUCUACAGUCUGAGCAAAUGACCCCGAACAUCAACAUGAUAUGCAGUGUCUGUGUUGUAUGUGUCGUGUGUUCAAGAGGUUCUUUGUCGUUAAAGAGUGAAACUGGAAGGUGUCGGCUUCUUUCCUCGACCCAGACCACUGCACCGGAGAAACAUAACGACUACUAGAAAUAUUCAAAGGUUUUUUUAUUAAAAGUUGCAGGUGAGAGGCCAAAUCCCACGACUACAAAUUUACAUAUCUUACCUUUUGCAUCUAUUCGAUCUGCCUGGUUGGGGAGGAUGAACCCAGUUCUGAGGCUGGUACUUGAUUUGUGUGUUUCAGUUCAUCCUUCUGGUUCUUGUGUAAAAGGCAUCAGCAGAGGAAACAAUUUAAUAUUUGACUCGGCUCCUUUGCCUGGAAUGUGUUUUUCAUAAGAUUAUAGCAGAACUAAUAUGUUUUAUAAAGUUUUAAAUUAUUUGGUCAGUUUUAAAACUCAUUGAGUUCUGUGCCUGUGAAAGUGAUGUUUGUAAUGUAUUAAGUGAUUGUGUGACGUGUGCAUGUGUGCAAUGGAAAAUAAGACCUACAGUAUAGUUUUCAAUGCAAUGUCAAAGUAUUUUCUACUCUUGUUAAUAUGACAGCUGUAACUAUAAACAUACACGUAUGUCACUGUUGAUGGUUAAUUUGUGAGUCAAGAGAUAUUUUAAAUAAACAGGUACGAUCCUUA